CAGUGAAUUCAUCAAAUUGACAUCUAUAUAUACCUAUAGCUGAUAAACCUUUAGGUGUUUUGUUAAAAAAAUAUUUUCAAAAUCUCAUCUUGGAAACUUACUUGUUAGACCUUCAUUUUUUGAGACCCUACCAAUGGCGUUAUCUUUACCCGCAUGUAACGGAAAGAUAGUUCAUUAGAGUCCUAGUAUGUAAUGCUCAGAUUGUGACACUAUUUUAAGAGAGUACUCGCGAUUUCUCACUAUUUUUUUUUUAUUAUUAUGGGACGUCCGCUCAAAAAUAUAAAAAGGCGAUAUUCUGAAUGAUUUAGAUAAAUGUAAAAUAAAAUUUUGCUUUGAGAAUAACUAAGUGCUUUAAGAAUAUCAGAGAAUAAUGUUUUGAAGAGUUCGUAUUUGUGGAUGAUCUUUUCGUGACUAUACUUCAUAAAAAGACUACUGAAAUGAAGAUAUUAUUUGACGUUAUGCCAUCCAAAGUAAAACAAGUUAAAAGACGUCAUAGAUCCAUCCGUUCGUUGUGCAUUUUUGCACUUCUUAUAUGCAGCACCAAACUAUUUAUGAGUUACAACAUUUUUCCGACAUUCCACCUCAUGAAUCGUUUUGUAAAAAAUAGAAAAACAAUUUCCAGUAACCAAAUUUUGGAAUUUGGAGAUACGCAGGAAACAACGUGGAAUUCAGAAGAAACAAGAUACCAAACAAAUGAAAAAUACUUCUCAUUAGGAAAUGAAUCGCAGCAAUCAAAAAUUACACAAAAUAAUAAAGUUGUUGUUGAGAAAUUGGAUGAUGGGCGUAACACAUUUCAUAUUGAAGGACUUCCAACUGCCAAAAUACGAGAAGUUAGACAUUUUUUGUCAAUCACCAAACCACCGGAAAAUAUGAAACACGAGCUUACAACACAAGCUAAACAGGUCUAUCAAAAAAGAAAAGAAAGGCUGUUGGAGACGUGUGAAGAUCAUCUGAAACAGGAAUGGUCGGACGAUAUGCAGCUUAUUUCAUCACCAGAUCAAAUACUGACUGUUUGCGUGGUGCAAAAGGCAGGAAGUUCAAGCUGGCACAAAGUGGUGUACAAUCUGAGAAAUCCAAAUACCACUUGGAGCGGAAUUGGUCAUGGUAUCAAUCGAGAGCACGGAAUGUCCCUUCCUGAAAUUGUCAAAUACGAUCUUAUGAAUAACGAAAAUGGAACAAGAGUCCUAACCGUUCGACAUCCAUUUUCGCGAAUAAUAUCUGGCUGGAACAACAAAUUUCAUAAAAACCACUUACAAUCGUCGACAAGGAUUCUCAGUGAGUUACGUGGAAUUGAAAAAUAUAUCAAUCUUUCAAAAGCGGAUGAUGAUCAUAUUAUUGCAUUUGAGGAUUUUGUUCAGUAUCUCGUCGACAGAGGUUUAAAAGGAAUAGACGCACAUUUCCGAACAGUGGAACAACUAUGCAGGCCAUGUAAUUUUCCUUAUGACUAUAUUAGUAAAACUGAAACAUCUUUACAUCACUUGUGGUACAUAUUGGAAAGAGUGGGAGGAAAUAUGACAAAUUUUGCAAAACAUUAUGCCGUUAAAGAUGGAUUUAUCAAGGGCAAACGCGAACACUUUGACAUGUGGAAAGCAGAGCAAAAAAUUAUUUCAAAUUUUUUUGAAAAAGUGCCAGUAACAACAACAGAGAAGUUGUUUGAUUUGUAUAAAAUAGAUUUUCACAGGUUUGGAUAUACGUUCGAUAUAGAAUCAAGGAUUGCAGGAGACAAUUUGGGUUAAGACCAACUUCCAAUUGAAAAUAUUUUCCAUAUUGGAAAAUAAAAUAACGUGUUGUAGAUAAUACUUCUUUCCACGUUGGAAAAUAUUCUAAUUAUUUACAGCACGAAAUAUUGUUAUGCAAUACCUCCACUCAAUUACCUUUCGUCAUCAUCAUAAAUAUAUUUUCAUUUAAGGAUUUAUUUUUUCCAUUAUGGAAAAUAAAAUAAAAAAACGUGUU